CACACACUCUCUCUCUCUCUCUCUCUCUCUCUCUCUCUCUCUCUCUAUACCUAUUAUACCUAAUUUUGUACGUAUAAAACAAAACAAAUAGGGAGAGAGAGAGAGAGAGAGAGGGUGUUUCGAAGACGAAAAUGGCGUGGAAGGGCAGUGUGAGAGAACUGAGACAUCUGAUUCACCUGUUGUUGCCUCUCUUCAUUCACUGGAUCGCAGAGGAGAUGACCGUUUCUGUGCUCGUCGAUGUCACCACCAGAGCCCUCUGUCCCGGCGAGUCCACUUGUUCCGAAGUUAUUUACAUCAACGGCGUUCAGCAGACGGUUGUAGGAAUUUUCAAGAUGGUGGUUCUUCCAAUCCUAGGCCAACUUGCUGAUGAGUAUGGGCGAAAACCACUGCUCAUUCUCACUUUAUCUACAACUAUAGUCCCUUUUGCUUUGCUUGCUAUCAAUGAGUCAAGGGCCUCUGUUUAUGCUUAUUACGUUCUUCGUACAAUUUCAUACAUUAUAAGCCAAGGGAGUAUUUUCUGCAUUUCUGUUGCUUAUGUGGCAGAUGUUGUCGAAGAAGAUAAGAGGGCAGCAUUAUUCAGUUGGAUUACCGGCAUCUUUUCUUUCUCACAUGUAUUGGGAAAUGUCCUUGCACGUUUUCUGCCUGAAGAUUACAUUUUUGAGGUUUCAAUUGCUCUGUUAAUCUUUUGUCCGAUUUACGUGCACCUGUUUCUGGUUGAGACAGUCCAAUCAACUCCAAGACAUCGCCAACAUGCUCCUUGGUUGCACAAGGCACUGAAGAUUGUCAAGGAACGAUACAAUUCAAUGAGGCUUGCAGCAACUAUUGUUGUAAGCAGUCCAACACUCAAGGGCAUGUCACUGGUUUCCUUCUUUUUUGAGUUGGGAAUGUCCGGCAUCACCGGUGUCUUACUGUACUACCUGAAGGCAGCCUUUGGUUUCAACAAAAAUCAAUUUUCAGAAAUUCUGAUGAUGGUGGGAAUAGGAUCAAUUGUUUCCCAGAUUCUGAUUCUUCCUCUCGUCAAUCCAUUAGUUGGAGAGAAAGUGAUACUUUGCACAGCCUUACUUUCAUCAAUUGCUUAUGCAUUGUUUUAUGGCUUGGCAUGGGCUUCUUGGGUACCAUAUCUAAGCGCUUCAUUUGGAGUCAUCUAUGUCCUUGUCAAACCUGCUACUUAUGCUAUUAUAUCAAGAGCAUCAAGUUCAGCUGAUCAGGGAAAAGCACAAGCAUUUAUCGCUGGUGUGCAAUCAAUUGCAGAUUUGUUAUCACCACUUGCAAUGAGUCCACUGACCUCUUGGUUUUUGUCCAGCGAUGCGCCUUUCAACUGCAAAGGUUUCAGUAUUGUCUUGGCAUCUUCAUGCAUGGUGAUAUCUCUAUGUUGCGCUUGCUUGCUAAAGCAUGAAAAGCCAUCAAAGAAUGUCUUGGUAGACGAUGGAGAAAAUAUCGAAGCACCACUUCUAUCAAAAAAUUAACUUUUGAUGUUGGUAUGAUUGGCAGUUGUUUUUUUAUGUAUGUAUCCUUCUUCUAGGUUGAUCAUAGUGUGUAAAUUUUGGUGUUCAUAAUUGUAUCUAAUGAAUGUAAAUCUAUUAAACAUAAAACUGUGCCAUAGCCAAUGGCUUUUCCACUAAUGAAGAAUGAUAAUCAAAUCUUUCUUAAA